AUGGAUAAUGGUCGCCGUAUGGUCGCCUCCACUACCAAGCCAUCUACUACCGACAAGACCAAUGCUAAAGCCCCAAACAAAGCCGAACCUUAUGAAGUCACCGUCCGCGUUGCGAACUGCCCGGAGGCGACCCGGCGCCGGUCCAGCCACGAUACUAUCCAGCGCGCCAACUCAGUGCUUGGAAACAACACGGUAAUAGCUGCCCGAACACUCCCUUCUGGCGACGUACGCCUCACUUUCGCGGCCGCAGCUGCUAGCUCCCAGAUCGACGAGGCUUGGCUGCUACACGUAUUCGGCACGGGAGCGACUCGGCUCCGAACUGAACAUGCAGUCAUCGUAAGAGGCGUACCGCCCGCGGUCAUCAAUCCCGAUUUCGAUAUCCACGGCGUAGCUGCGCAGAACAGCAUUUCCUUCCAAAGGGUGAUCCCUGCCCGGGCCCGACCCGGAGCCACCAAGCGCAGUUUCAUCCUAAUCCCACACGUUAUUGUCGGUGACUUCAACGCCCACCACCUAAGCUGGGACUUCUUCGGCCGCGAAACCCGGGACUCCUCGGAUCUCAUCGCGGCCGCGGGACAGGCCCGGCUCGUACUAGUAACACCACCCGGCAUCUUCACUUGGGAACCGCCAGAUGACCGGCACGAGUCCUCGCGCCCUAGUACUAUCGACCUAGUCUGGGCCUCCCCCUCACUCCAGCCCCGACAUGUACCCGCGCCGCGGGACCUCCACGGCUCCGACUAUAUACUCCAACUAACAUAUAUCCAGCAUACACGUACACCUUCGCCGGCCCCUACCUGGCGAUGGUGCGAGGCCGACCCGGACACUAUACGCGCCCUAGGGGCCACGCUCAUAAUAACACCCGAAGUCCCAACAGACUCGGCCGCGAUUGACCGAGCCUUAACCGACCUCCAUAACCAACUUGAAGAAAUCGCCUCAGCCACGGUCCUGAGCCGCAUCCCGGGCUCUACAGCACAACCGCCUUGGUGGUCUAGCGUCGUCUACGACGCUGUCAUCUCGGCUCGGCGAGCUCGUCGGCACCGGCACGAUAGCGACGCGGCCAAGGAACGGUACCGCGACGCUGUACGCGACCGCAACCGGGCCAUACGACAAGCGAAGACAGCGGCCUGGCGCCGGUUCGUCGACGAGCUGUCACACGGGUCCUCGGCGCUUUGGCGGUUGGCCGAAUGGGGUGCCAAACCCCCGGACGCUAAAUACCAGUCCCGAGCAGUACCGCCGCUAGACCGCGACGGAGCCUCCCCGGCGACGUCUAUCGAGGAGAAGGCAGCAGUGUUCGCCGCGAAGUUCUCCCCCCCUGCUCCUAACCUCCUGCCCUCGGGCCCCUGGCGGGGCCCACGUUGUGCGCUCAAAGGCCUCGCUGACUCUAUUGAUGAUGAAGGCCGCGCUCUAGCGAUCUCGCUGAUGCAGCUAGACAUAGCAGGUGCCUUCGACGCCAUGCCACACGAGUGCCUACUUAAGAUCCUCGUCCACCUCGGAGCCGACCCGGCCGCGCUUAAUCUUAUCGGCUCCUUCCUCGAUGAUCGCUCCACGUAUCUUGUUAUCGACGGGGUCUCUACGGGUCCGUUCCGACUCCGAUUCGGGAGCCCCCAGGGGUCCUCUAUCUCGCCUAUCCUCUUUAUUAUCUACAUCUUAACCUUAUAUCACCAUCUAUCUAAUAUCCCUAGUAUCCAACUUAUCGGGUUCUCCGAUGAUAGUAAUAUUGUCGCUAUUGCUCCUACACACGCAGGUGUCGUUCGCUUGCUGGAGGAAGCCUGGACUCGCUGCGCGUCCUGGGCGGACGCGCACGGCGCUACUUUCGCAGCGGCUAAGACAACUAUCACCCACUUCACUCGCGCUCACUCCCCUCUCACUACUAGCGUCCGACUCGGCCCCGUGUCGCAGCCGCCUACAGAAACGGCGCGCUUCCUCGGGUUCUACUUCUAUCGGAAGCUUACGUGGGAAUACCACGCACGCGAAGCCAAGACCCGCGCUGCCCGAGCUGCCGGGGCCCUGAGCGGCACCGGCGGGAUAGCGUGGGGGACCCGGCUCGAGAACGCUCGCCUUAUCUACACAAUGGUCCACUGCUCUAUCCUUACGUAUGGGUCAGUUCUCUUCCACAAACCUGGGGAUAUCCCCCUAGGACCGGCACGUACUAUGAGUAGUACCCAGCACGAUAUGCCCCGGCUCCUAGCCGGGGCCUUCCGGGCCACACCAGCGCACUACCUAGAGGCCGAGCUUCAAAUCCCGCCCCUUCAUCUAUACAUGACCUACCGCAGCGAACGCUCCCUUGCGCGGUUCAAGAAUAACGAGACCCUUGCGAGGGUCCGUGCUGCGUCCGCCACGGUGGCGGGCCUCCAGCGGCUCCCUCGUCGCCAGCACUACCGUCGUCGAAGACUGCCACCGUCAGUACAGUCGCGACCUUCUCGGGGCCGGACCGGCCCCCGAUCGCAAAUCCCUCUCCAAGCACCUGGACAAGCGCUGGCAGCAGCACUGGCUGCACCAGGAGUCCGCACGGCUCUCCCGCCGGAGCAGCGCACAAGGCCACCGACCGUCGAACUGCUCAGAGCUCCCGCCUCGGCUCCGCACUGGCCGCCUGUCGGCGCCCUACUGGGGAGGGAACACGCCGAAACACAUCUCCUCCUUGGCGCUGCAGAUGAGGACUGGAAAGAUUAG